GGACACUGUGAAGACUACCCUGCUUAGAAACAACCUCUCUACGCAAUCUCACAAUCAGACACCUCCUCAUGGGCUCACAUCCUCAAAUACACACUUCGUCGGCACGCAUAAAUUUGUUCAUAUGCAGAAAGACCUAGUGUGUCUGUCUUUCUCCCCGCCCUCGUCCAGCGGCAACUAGCGGCGCAUCGUUUCCACCAAUCUGUGCAUCGAAGGACCACCCGACCAACCCCUGAACCUGAAUCUGCCCGCUCUGUCUGCUUAUAAAUACUGCUUGAAUCACACCGGCAAGUCUUGGUCGUCAGAAACGCUCAGGGUUGCAGCAGAACAUCCCCCUUCGUUUUAUCCCCUUCAUCAUUUCUCCGUUUUUUAAGAAAAUAUCACGCAUCCUCCACUUUCAUUCUCACCCUCCCCCUUUUCAGAACUGUAGCUGUUUAUUGUGGCCAGUUGCAUGCAUUUGUCGUCUCCCGAAAUGGUUUGCGAGACUAAAAUUGUUGCGGAUGAACACGAUGCAAUACCUGGGACCAAAAAAGAGUCUCUCAUGUGGAGCUCUCCUCAGUCCAGCGCGGCUCAGAACCCCGCUGCGGCCAAGGAUGUUUGGAAAGAUGGGGUUUUUAUCCGUGAGUUCGAGCGCGGGGAUCAAGAGGAGGUGCGCCGCAUCUUUUACGAGGGUAUUAUGGAGAGGGUACCCAACUCGGCGUUUAGAAGGCUCAGACAGCAGCCCAAGACCCAGUUUUUAUAUGCUCUUCUGACAGUAAUGUGCUUUUUUAUGACCAAAUCCUUCACGUUGACCUGCUGCACACCCCUCAUUCUCAUGGGUGUGCGCUACUACUACAGCAGGAAAGUUAUCCACAGUUAUCUGGACUGUGCUCUGCACACGGACAUGGCUGACAUAGAAGCUUAUUACAUGAAACCCACAGGCUCCUGCUUCUGGGUGGCAGUGCUCAAUGGACGUGUGGUGGGCAUCGUGGCGGCACAGGGCCGUGAGGAUGACAACACAGUUGAGCUGCGGCGCAUGUCGGUGGACUCUCGCUACCGCGGCAAAGGCAUCGCAAAGGCACUGGGCCGUCGUGUUCUGGAGUUUGCCAUGCGCAACAACUACGCUGCUGUGGUCCUUGGUACAACGGCUGUCAAAUUGGCUGCCCACAAGCUGUACGAGUCACUGGGCUUCCGCCUAACGGGCCAGAGUGAGGACUACAGGCUACCCGGGAUGAGCCGCUCACCGCUGGAGAGGCUCUUCUUUCAGAUCCGCUAUAGUCGCUACCGCCUAGAGCUCCGUGAAGAGUGAGAGGUGACAGGAAGAGGGAGAUGGAGAGGGGAUAUGGAGAGAGAGGGACAGAGAGAGAGAGAGAGAGCAACAACCCUUCUACAUCUGAGAGCCCUGACUGCAUCCUCUUCUCUUUUAUUUAUUUUGUGUCAUUAGAGUUAACGUGGAGUACUACUUAACACUUCUACUAUUUCAUCUUUAAAGUCACUAACGUUUUUAUUACUAUUAUGCUUUUGUUGCUGUUUUACAUUUUAAAUAACAGUUUCUUUUCUUCUGUUUUAUUAAUCUAUUUUCUGUACUUUUACCCCUCCCUUUUCAUUGUGGGAGAAAAAAAUUGGCAUUCAUAGAAGACAUCAAACUUGGAUCCCAACUACUGUAGGGACCUUCCCCCCGCCCCGUUGAUUUAAAGAUCUUGUGACCCAGAUCAAUACUCCCCUUCAUUACUAUUCUACAAUGGCCCUUUUUACCCAUCCCCCAUUACCUCAGCCUUCCCUUCCCUCCCAUAUGUCCUUAAUUUCCCCACAGCAAAAAUCAACAGACAGAUUUUGACACAGGACAGUGCAAUAAUUCACUUGCAUUUGUUUCUUUGGGGGUGGACAGAGCACUGGAUGGGUUUGGGAGGGGCAGAUGUACCUUCCUCGUGAGCAAAUCACACAAAAAAGUAGAGGAAAGGCGUACUGUAUAUACUGUAAUACCCCAGUUCUUUAAUUGGACAGUUCUGAAUAACGAAGGAGUCCGUCUUUCUUCAUUUAGUGCUGAUUUAUUUUAAACCACAAGCAAAAUUACAAACACGGCCCAGAUUGUUCCUCCUUCCAGGAACUCACACAGUGGCUGCUGGAAGAAGGAGCCCUGGCCACACAGAGCCUAAUACAUUUAUAAGUUUUGGGCUAACCCCUUACACAAAAAGAUUACAGAACAUCACGAGAUGGAGUCAGUCCGACGAUUCCAUCUCUUAUCUAGCGCUCCACAUGCUUGGAGCCACUUCGUUUUACCUAGUCAUAACAAAUGAGGAAGCUCAA